AUGUCAGUCAAUGGAAAUAUGUCAGUAAAUGACGAUAAGACGAAGAAUUAUAGUGUAACAGCUGGUAGGGAAGAUGGAGGAAAUUCCGUAUCAGCGACUGCGUUUGUUAGUGGGUACAGAGAUACACCUGAUCCAACAAAACUCAAUGCUCCACCCUAUAAUGUUGCGGGAGUUAGCCUAAAUGCUGCUCAUGAAAAUGGUCAUGCAGUUGGCCUGAAAGCUCAGCAUAUUCCGACGUUUGGCAAUCAAGUUACAGCCUCAAGUAACGUCAAUGUUAUUAAAAUUGAUAACCAUAGGUUUGAUGUAAACGCGCACAGUACGGCCAACUUUCCCAAAAACUCGCCCAAUUUCAUGACUCAUGGUGCUGGAGCGGAAUAUAUGUUUAAGGAGAAAGUCGGCGCAAACGCAUCUGUAUCUCAUACUCCGAUGUUUAAACAAACCGACUACUCAGUAGGCGGAUCUUUGAACUUACAUAAAACUCCUACAUCUUCUCUCGACUUCAACGUUGGGGCUAACAAAACUGUCACACCGUUCCAUAAUGGAAAUUGGAAUAAGGGCGGUGGAUUUAUUUUUACGAAGAAAUUU